UGUCCUGGACGCCACCAACUCAGUUCCUCAUUUGUUUUUUCCUUCUCAAUUUUUAAUAUAUAGAUAUACUCCUCUUUCUCCGCCCAUCGUCCUCACUCUCCUUCUAUUCCUCAGUAUCGUAAUCGAGAUCCUGCAUCUGAGUAUCCCCAAAAUGGCAGCAUUAUCAGGGAAGGUUGUCCAACAUAACCUGGUAGCAAAGUGCUGCCAGCAGGAUAGGGAAUUGAGCACAAAAUACCGACUGUACUAUUGUACCCUUAGUAGGCGCAACUUGCUCCCCCCUGUAGGAGGGAAGUUGGCAUGGAAUGGCAACUCCACCAUGCAACUGGACGCCUUAUCAAAAUUUAAGCGAGGAAUUGUUUAUUGCAAUGCUGCCUCGUCGUCCACUGCAAUCCCGACUGUUGAGAAAAGCAACUUUCUUAAGCUUCAGAAUGGAAGUGAUAUACGUGGAGUAGCUGUUGAUGGAGUUGAGGGGGAACCUCUUACUCUCACAGAGACAGUUACAGAAGCAAUAGCAGCAGGUUUUUCUGGUUGGUUGCUGGCAAAAAAGAAAAAUGUUUCUUCUAAAUGUUUAAGAGUCUCCAUCGGUCAUGACUCACGAAUUUCAGCACAGAAGUUACAGGACGCAGUUUCUCGAGGACUUUCUAGAGCUGGAGUUGAAGUCAUCCAAUAUGGAUUGGCAUCCACUCCAGCCAUGUUCAAUAGCACUCUUACCGAAAAUGAAGAAUUUUCCUGUCCAGUGGAUGGUUCCAUAAUGAUAACAGCAAGCCAUCUUCCCUACAACAGGAAUGGGUUCAAGUUCUUUACAAGUGCGGGUGGACUUGGGAAGCCCGACAUCAAAGAUAUCUUGGAGCGAGCCGCUGAUAUAUACAAAAAUAUUGCAAAUGGCGAUUCUAAGGGGGCAGAAACAGCUGCUUCUCUCGAUGUGAAAAGAGUGGAUUACAUGUCUGUUUAUGCAUCUAAUCUUGUAGCAGCAGUCCGCAAAGCUGCAGGGAAUAUAGAAAAGCCACUGGAAGGAUUCCAUAUCGUUGUUGAUGCAGGGAAUGGAGCAGGCGGAUUCUUUGUGGGGAAGGUGCUUGAGCCUCUGGGUGCUAUUACUUCUGGCAGUCAGUUCUUGGAGCCAGAUGGUUUGUUUCCCAAUCAUAUACCUAACCCAGAGGAUAAGACAGCCAUGAAAGCUAUUACCAAGGCAGUACUUGAUAACAGGGCUGAUUUGGGAAUCAUCUUUGAUACAGAUGUUGACAGGUCUGCGGCUGUGGAUUCAAGUGGUCGUGAAUUUAACAGAAAUCGUUUGAUUGCUUUAAUGUCCGCAAUUAUUUUGGAGGAACAUCCUGGGACCACUAUUGUCACAGACAGUGUAACAUCAGAUGGGCUGACAACAUUUAUUGAAAAGAAACUAGGAGGGAAGCAUCACAGGUUCAAAAGAGGAUACAAGAAUGUAAUUGAUGAGGCUAUUCGUCUGAACUCUGUUGGUGAAGAAGCACAUUUGGCUAUUGAAACUAGUGGCCAUGGAGCUCUCAAGGAGAAUCACUGGCUUGACGAUGGUGCAUACCUUAUGGUGAAGUUACUGAAUAAGCUUGCAUCAGCUAGAACAUCAGGACUGGGCGGCGGCAGCAAAGUCCUAACUGACAUGGUGGAGGGUCUCGAAGAACCAGCUGUUGCUGUUGAACUUAGACUAAAGAUUGAUCAGAAUCAUCCAGAUCUUCAAGGAGGAUCCUUCCGUGAUUAUGGUGAAGCAGUGUUAAAGCAACUUGAGAAUACAGUUGAGUUGGACGCUAAGCUUCUGAAAGCACCUGUUAACUAUGAAGGGGUUAGAGUUUCUGGUUAUGGCGGAUGGUUCCUUCUAAGACUCUCACUACAUGACCCUGUUCUACCCCUUAAUAUUGAGGCACCAAGCAAGGAGGAUGCUGUAAAACUUGCUCAUGAUGUGCUUAAUGCUGUGAAAGGGUUCACCGCUCUUGAUACCUCCGCCUUAACUAAGUUUGUUGGAGUAUGAGUGUGCAUUGAGUUUAUCUGUCUUGACGAUCAUCAAAAUUUGGACAACUUGACCUCAGUGCCGCUGACAUGUUGGAUCUUUGAAAAUUUGGAACCUCUGCCAUAGAAAAUUGUUUUUUUUUUGGUUUUGUUUUUAAAAAAACAAAUCAAGAGCUGUAUGCAAUAAAGUUACACAAUCUGUCUGUACAGAGAAAAAUGUGAUUGAUAGCUACAAGGAGACAAUUGUGAUUACUUUGUUUAUGGUAGUAGUUUUGGUGCA